AUGAAAAGUAUAGGGAUUGUUGCGCCGUAGAAGCUAGCGGCAUUUGUGGCGCGAUGUUUGUGCGUGUAGCAAGUGUAUACUGCUUGGCACUACUUGCCACAUGGCCAACAUUUGGAAUGGCCAGCCUUGGAUUGGUUGCCCAACCAGUGGAUCUCUAUCAGAAGCAGUUGAAGCAACUGUUGCAGCGCCUGAUGUGGGGCGCUCAGGUGGAACGCUGUGUGGCAAUAAUCACCGAUGAUCUCCACUCGAGCAUCUACGAUGCUGCAUACUUUGAGGCCGUGGCAAGAGAUGCCCGACCCUACUACAUGCUGCGUAUCAAUGCCAGCGACGAGUUACAUCGACCUUCAACGCACGUCCAACUCAUGUUGCAAGCCAUUCGAUCGAGCGGCUGUGAUUUGCAUGUGAUCACCGUGUUGAAUGGCUGGCAGGUGAAACAGUUGAUCGCAUUUGUGUACGAGAGUCGCGCGUUGCAUAUGCAACACAAGUUUGUGCUGUUGCACGACACCAGACUCUACACCCGCGACAUGUGGCACGUCUGGAGCGUGUUUGUGCGAACUGUGUUUGUUAAGCGGCAACAUCGACGCGCCAGUUUCAGCCUCUCGACCAUUGAUUAUCCUGGCAUUCUCAGCGGAUGGCUGGUGCUUAAGGAUCUGGGUAAGUGGUCGCCUGGGAAACGCAUCGAUGGACAGCUUCUCUUCAAAGAUAAGACAAGAGAUCUGCGUGGCAUAUCUCUAAGCGUGGCCAUUUCGGAGCAUGUGCCCAUGGUGCAGCUGAACAGGAGCACAAACAGUUACCAGGGCGUCGAAGUUGAGAUUAUUGCAGCCCUGGCCAAGACAUUGCACUUCCAAGCCAACUACUACAACCUUAAUGAGAGCGAGAGCAAUACAGAUUGGGAGGGUUUCGAAAAUGGCAAUGAAAAUGCUUCGCAGUUGAUUGCAGAACGAAUCGUGGCUGAAGUGGCCCAACACAAUGCACGCUUUGGCAUUGGGGAUCUGCAUCUAUUCCAGAGCUAUGGACAACACGUGGAGCUGAGUCGGCAGCACAGUGUCGAGUGUCUGACUUUCCUGACGCCUGAAUCAUCGACGGACAACUCGUGGCAGACCUUUAUUCUGCCAUUCAGUGGUGGCAUGUGGGCGGGCGUCUUGCUCUCGUUGUUUGUUGUGGGCACCAUCUUCUAUUUGAUCAGUUUCCUCAACGCUUUGCUGCUGCUCGACAGCCGGCAAGCUGCCAGCUUCUUUCGCUGUCUGCGUCGCAAGCAGAGGCGGCAACUGCAACUGCAGCAACAGCAACGCGAGUGGAAACGUUCCAGCUUUCGCCUUGAGCUUGCGCGGCAUCGACAACAGCUGCGUCGAGGAAAUGGUCGAGAUCUGUUCGAUGAUUAUGCCAACUGCAUUUUGCUUACGUACAGCAUGCUUCUCUAUGUGGCACUGCCACGCAUGCCACACCACUGGCCGCUGCGUGUGCUCACAGGCUGGUAUUGGAUCUACUGCAUCCUGCUGGUGGCCACCUACAGGGCCAGCUUCACAGCCAUUCUGGCCAAUCCGGCGGCACGUGUGACAAUAGAUACGCUUCAGGAUCUGAAUCGAGCUCGCAUUCCACCUGCAACUGGCGCCGCUGAGAACAGACAGUUCUUUAUGGAGUCCAGCGAUGAGACUGUUCGCGAAUUGGGCGCCAGCAUGGAAAUUGUGAAAAACAUUGAUGAGCUGACGGAGCGUAUUGCGAGUGGCCGCUGUGCUUACUAUGACAACGAGUUCUACUUGCGGUAUCUGCGUGUGGCAGACGAGGCACGUGGUGGCAGAGCAACAACGGCGCUGCACAUCAUGAAGGAAUGCGUGGUGCAUAUGCCAGUGGUGUUGGCGCUGGAGAAGAAUUCAGCGCUGAAGCCACACGUUGAUGAUAUCAUACAGCAUUUGAGCGAAGCUGGACUCAUUGCCAAGUGGCUGCGCGAUGCUAUCAAACGUCUGCCGGCUGAGGAGCAAGCACCGCAGGAAGCACUCAUGAAUCUGAACAAGUUCUGGAGCUCGUUUGUGGCCCUUGGCAUUGGCUAUUUGAUCUCAAUCAGUGCCAUAGCUGUCGAGCAUUGGCACUUUCGAUAUGUCGUUAUGCAACAUCCACUAUAUGAUGCCUAUAAUCCCAGCAUAUACUACAAUUUCAAACGUCUUUAUUCGAAUUCAAAUUAAAAAUAUAGAAUAGAGGCUCAUAAAAUGGAAUGACAAAUGUGCAUAUUUCAAUUCACAAUCAGAUGGCCACUCCGAACUGACGCCAUAAGCCAUUCCCAUAUAUAGCAUAUACUACAUAUACUUAAUACCAUAUAUCAAUACAAUAAAAGUGCCGUCAAGUAGACGCAA